AUGAAUCGUUCCUAUCAAAAAUGCAGAGAACUCUUCCUAAAUUCCUCUAGCAAACUUCCUUUGACUAUUCAAAGAUCAAGCUAUGAACUCCCUUACAGUGAUCCUUCUGGCAAACCUGUAAGCACUGAUUUUAUCAAAAUUUAUAAAAAUUCACCCCCAAAAAAAUGACUUCUCCUCACAAGUGGAGUGCAUGGGCUUGAGCUCUUCUUUGGCAGCGCAGUCCAAUCGCAUCUAUUACAGGGGAUUUCUGACGAAAAAUAUAUUCUUCCAACUGAUGUAGGAAUUAUAAUGGCUCAUGCCCUAAAUCCAUGAGGAUCAGCUUGACUUAGAAGAGUCAAUAUCAACAAUGUUGACUUGGGCAGAAACUUCAUCUCAAACUUCCCAGAAAUUUUGGAAAAAUAUAAAACUGAUCCUAGGCAUAUUGAGGCCCAAAAAAUUUAUCGAGAUAUUGAUGAAAUUAUUAACCCUCAAUCUUUCCCUCUAUUAGGUGCAGCUGAUUUGCUUAGAAUUGGGUAUUAUUUUUGGAAAUACGGAAAAAGCAAAUUUAACUUCGCAAUGCUAUCUGGACAAAGAUUUAAACAGAGAGGUGCCCAAUUCGCUGGGAAAUCUAUGGAUCUUGAACAUAGAUCUUUUAAAGCUGAAAUAGACAAACUUUUACCAAAGGAUUCUGAAUUGGUUUAUCAUAUAGAUCUACAUACAGGACUAGGCGAAAAAGGAAAAGAAACAUUUGUGGUAGCUGAUGAAGAGUCUAAUAAAGCUGCUAUAGAAAUUUUUGGGAAAAAAAGGGUCAGUUUUAAUACGAUUUUAGGAGGAGAAGUUGACGGAGCGCUGAUAUCAGGCUUGAAGCUUGCGCAAAAAACUGAGGCAAAAUGGCUUGCGUUGACUUUUGAAAUUGGAACAACACCUAUUUAUAAAUCUUAUUUAGCUGUAAGAAAUGAAGCUAUUUGGCAUAAUCAACAGCUAUGGAUAGAAGAUUUUUCAAGAAAAGAAAUUCAAGGCAUUAAUACCGAUUAUUAUUUAAGCCAUCGAACUAAAAAAGAAAUUCUUGAGAAUUUCUGCCCAAGUAGUAAAGAAUGGCAAGAUUCAGCAUUAUCUGUAGGACUUAGUGGUGUUUCUACAAUUAUUCAACUAAAAAUAAAUAGUCAUUGUUAUCAUCCUAGAUUUAUAUUGAAAUCUUUGAAAACAAUUCAUUAAAAGUGGCAUAUUAAGUAUUUAGCAUCCUAUAGGUAA